GGACAGCUCGAACUGGGUAUGCGUUUAAAAUCGACCAAAUAGAAAUAGCCUAAACCCUAAAAAAACAGAGAUGGCGUCUUCGUCUCGCUCGGAGAAACGAUGCCACUACGAGGUUCUCGGUAUCAGCAAGGAAUCUUCGCCGGACGAGAUUCGAUCCUCUUACCGGCGUUUAGCUUUGCAGCGUCAUCCCGACAAGCUUAUGAAAGCCGGUGGAUUAUCUGAGGCUGAAGCCACCGCCCAGUUCCAAGAGCUCGUUCACGCUUACGAGGUUUUAUCCGAUCCCAAGGAGCGAGCCUGGUAUGAUUCCCAUCGAUCUCAGAUUCUAUUCGCUGACCAUAGCUCAGCCGGUGGCUCGAAAUCUGGUGGUAUGCCUGGCGGCUCUGUUCCGGAUCUAUUCGCUUUCUUCACUCCCACUGUAUAUUCUGGAUACUCAGAUACUGGAAAAGGAUUCUACAAGGUGUAUUACGAUGUGUUUAAUAGUGUUUAUCUCAACGAGAUUAAGUUCGCGAGAACGUUAGGGUUGAGGAUGGAUUCUGUGAGGGAAGCUCCAAUUAUGGGGAAUCUAGAGAGUCCUUACGCUCAGGUGACGGCGUUUUAUAAUUACUGGUUAGGUUUUUGCACCGUCAUGGAUUUCUGCUGGGUGGAUGAGUAUGAUGUGAUGGCUGGACCGAAUCGAAAGUCGAGAAGGUUGAUGGAGGAGGAGAAUAAGAAGGUGAGGAAGAAGGCGAAGAGAGAGUAUAAUGAGACUGUGAGGGGUUUGGCAGAGUUUGUAAAGAAGAGGGAUAAGAGAGUGAUUGACAUGAUGGUGAAGAAGAAUGCAGAGAUGGAGAAGAAGAAAGAGGAGGAUAGGGAGAGGAAGAAGAAGAUGGAGAAGGAGAGAUUGGAGAGAGCUAUGAACUAUGAGGAGCCUGAAUGGGCAAAGGCUCAGGAGGGAGAGGAGGAAGGGGCAGGGUUCAAUGUAUUGGAAGAGGAGGAUGAUGAUGCGAAGAGGAAGAAUGAGCAGCUCUAUUGUAUUGUUUGUAGCAAGAAGUUCAAAAGUGAGAAGCAGUGGAAAAACCACGAACAGUCGAAGAAGCAUAAAGAGAAAGUGGCGGAGUUGAGAGAGUCAUUCACUGAUUAUGAAGAGGAAACAGAGGAGGAAGAGACUGAUGGGCCAUUGGAUCCACCUGAAAGUGUAGAGCAGCUUCAUGAGAAGCUUCAGGAGGAGUUAAAUAUCGACGAUGAAGAAAAUGAUGUUGAGGAUGAAGUUGUAGGUGAAGCUGAUGAAACUGAUGAGGAGUAUUUUGUGGCAGAGGAGGAUAUGAAAGGAUCUAGUGAAAGUGAGGAUGAGGAUGACGAGAUGACUCUACUCAAGAAAAUGGUAUCUGGACAGAAGAAAAAGCGAAAGAAUGUCGUAUCAAAGGAAGAAGAUGAAAUCGAAGUCGAGAUCGAGAGUGAUACAGCAGAGUUUAGCGAAGUUGAUUACCAGAAAAACACAGGUAGGAAUAAAGAAGCUAAGGAGGAGAGAAAUAAACAGAAUACUGGAAAAGACAUGGCAGAUGACACCAGCAAAGUACAGGUACCUGGAGACGACGGUAAUCCAGAUGAAAACGUGAAUGCAACGGACUCAGCCUCCGGAGCAUUUGAGGAUUCUCAGAAGGAUGAGGCAAAUUCAAUGGAGUAUGAUAACAGGAAGAGCACAGGCAGGAGGCGCAGAAGCAAAAAGGGGAAGGAUAAGAAUAACCAGGGAGAAUUAAUGGAAAAGAGCAGUGAAGCGGAUGAUACUCCAUAUGUAAAUCGAGACAUGGAGGCGCAGGAUUACAAGAAGGCUCCCAGAUCAAAGAAAUCCACCAGAGGAAUGAAAACCAAGGGCACAACGAAGAAAAACAGUAGUAAUGAAUGCGAUAGAUGUGGAGAGGAGUUUGAGUCGAGAACAAAACUACACAAGCAUUUGGCUGAUAGCGGUCAUGCGACAGUGAAAUCCCGAUGAUCCAUUGCUCAUUUUAAAGUGCAUCUAAGGAUUAUGCAGAGAAGAACCAAAGGUUGGCUGGAGAUUUGCAUUCUUUGAUUAAAUUUAUACAUGGACA